UUUUUAUUUAAAAAGACUUUCUUAAUACGACUAACGAUCUGGAGAUUUUCAGUGGUAUUUAUUGGAGUAAUUGUAGUAUUUUAUUUUGCAUCGAAAUUAGUUUAUUUUGCAAGGUGAACAAUAUUUUCAUUAAAUGAUUUCCAUAUUAGCAAAUAACGAAAAGAUGUAAUUUAUCGAAGGAGCGUCUAAAGUUUUAUUUUCAAAUUAUUCAACUUCGUUCUUCGCUUCCUCGGUCUUAAAGCAGAAUGCAGCACUGAGCUUUACAUGUAAAUGAAGUAGCUUCUGGCAUGAGAAUUGACCAUGUGCUAGUAACUCAAGUAAGCGUCAUAUUGUGUAAAAUAAACGUGAUAACACUUGAGAACACGAAAAAUUCGCUGUAAGGUUUUGAUCGUGUUUUGUCAAAUAUUUUAUUUCCACACUCGCCCGAAGAGGAAAAAAGUACAAGAUAUGAUAUGGGUUUGCAUAUUAUUAAUCUACAUUCAAAGCGAGCUGAAGUGUUCUUCUCGAGACUGCAUGAAAUGUUAAUGUGUGCGAACAAAUUUGGAAACGAAGCCGGCUUUUAAGAUCUUUGUAGUGCUCGGCGGAUGUGUUGAGCACCGAUACAAGAAUAUUUUCGGAAAAGAUUGUGUUUGAAGGUAAUGUAUAGAUUUGUCUGAGGAAGGUAAUUGUUAAGUUUUUAAUCAUAUGUAAGAAGAAGAACAGGCCUCGAACACGAAAAAGAUGCGCAUCAGUUGACUUUACGGACGAGAAAAACAACAUCGAUAUUCCGUUGCACCGAGAAAAACAUUUCAACAUUUCUCAAAUAUCUGGUCUUAAUAAUUAUCUUAUGCCGUUAUGAACAGGUCAGAGAAAAGCAGUCCUUGAAAACUGGCUUAAUUUUACAGUAUUUACGUUUAAGAAGGAUGAUGAGGCACUCUAAGUUCCCAGCUAGGUGGAGUUAUUAAUAAUUUUAUUCACUUCACAUUUCAUAAUUUGAGCAUGCACGAUUCUCCAUUGAUAACUAUAUAUUUAAAUGAAGAUUAGAAUCUUUGAGUCAGUCCGGAGUGAAGAAGAUACCAUCUUACUGUACACAGCGCAUAGAAUCAUAGUGCGAAUGGGCGAGUUUGAGACAUCUUAUUUUUUAUUUCUGAAAAUUUCCCUUUGCAGCGGAUGAAUAAAAGCUGCAAGUGUAAGUUGGGCCCGCGAUUGUAAUUAUUACGAACAUUGGUUUCAAAACUUUUUCUCUGCCAUAUUCUGGUGGCAGAAGUGUUUUCCUUUUGGAUCCGCGGAAAAGCUUUAUUCAAACGUAUCGUAUGAUAGGUAACAUAUUUUUUAGAUGACAGAGCCUAAUAAUGAAUUAGUUUCGAAAUGUUUUUACAACGGAACAUGUGCAAGUUAUGCAAGAUUUGUAAAAAGUUCUAGGAUUGAUGAAAAGGUGAAAGAAUAAAGCUUGUUUAGUCGCUGUCAAUUGGUGAUAUUCAGGCCAGGUGGUGCAGUUAAGUAUCCUGAAUAAAAUACAAAAAAUGCACGCGUUCCCAAUCACCAACGGAGUUAUGUCUGAAAUCCCUUUGGAAAAAGAAAACAUUUUUCAGUGUGAACUAUCGUUUAAGAAUACACCCUGAUGAUGGCUUCCGCUGCUUUUCACCGUGCUUUUACAAAUAUUCGACCUAACGUUGGGUAUGCAUUUGAACAGAGACAAUGAAGCUGUAGUUUUUCUCAUCAUAAACCUCAUUUUACACCAAAAUGUUUUUCUCUAAUUGGUUUCUUUUCACAGGGAGGAAGUUCUUAAACUCAGUUCCCCACCGAACGUAUUCACUGCUAUGCAUGCGAUGUUUCCCUAAAUCACCAUUUUUCAGAGCUCACUCUCUUUCAUCUCUGCUAGAAAUUCUAUUUACCGAAGAAAAAUCCCACUUAAGUGCAAAUGAACUAAAAAGUAAGCAGUUGGCAAAGCUGUUGUCAUUUCGUGCCUGUGAUGAGGUUAUUUGGAAAAUAUCCUCAACUGGAGACAGCGAUAAAAAACCCAGUUAUUUACUGAACUGCUUAGCAAUUCAAACCCCUUGCAAUUGCGCGGCAACAAACCUGGGCAUAUGAAUGAAUUAACUGUUAAGCUUUUCAUUUGAAAGUGUCAUCCGUUUAAGCUGACGGGGCCUGAGUUGAUCUUCGCUAUUGUUGCGGAAGAUAUUCGCUACGAUCGGUAAAGCGAAGGAUGGCAAGGUAUUGCGACCUCCACAUUCCCCCUGGACUGUUUCAGUUUGGUGGCACAAUGCCUUAGGUGUGCAAUGUUGACCCAUCGUAGUCCAGUUUUAUAAUCUUUUCCUUUAGAGCAGCUCGGUAGUAAGAUUUAUUUAAGUACACAAGGAUUUUUUUCCGGAAUUGCAACAAAAGAUGUUGCGUCACGAGGCAAACAAAUCAAACAUAUUGACAAGAUUGAACUGAAAAAGGCAUAUAAAUCUAAUUCAGCCAGCUAGAGAUAUUGGUUUCACUGGCCACCUUUUCACACUGUGUUUUUAAGAUGAAUUUCAAGUUUAUUCAGAACUUAUGCUAAAAUUGUGUUUCACUCCGGCUGUGUUCUGCUAACAAUAGGCACUAUGAAUCGCAUUAACGAGAAAAACUCUCUAGAAGGAUAAAAAAAAUAAGUUGGAGCUUAUUUGAAUAAUCGAAUAUCGUAUCAGAAUUGUGUCUAUAGAUGGAAUAUGUAUAAUUCAUUACCGCUACAACGACCUCAAUUUGUUUUUACUAUAUUACUAAGACCGAGAGGAAAUAAAGCGAAAUUCGGAAAAAAUAAAUUAAGAAUCCUAUUUUCGUCAAUCCCGCAAGGGGUUUGUAACCUUUGCCUGCAUGAUUCAGCGCUGCUUACGAAACAUUCCCAGUUAGAAAGAGAUGUAAACGACCGGCACAUGAAAACCAAUACACACAUCGGUAAUCUUGUUUCUAUUUUUAUGGGAGGAAGCGCUCAAAUGGACAAGAAGAAGGCUUGCAAAUUUCUUAUCCUUGUGAAUUUUCCACAAUAGUGUAGGGAUAGGAAGCCAAUCGUGUCAUAGGUGACAUUGUGUUUGUAGCGAGGUGAGAAUGAAUUAAUUAGAGUAAUUUCUCACAAAGUCCGCGUUGUAGCGACACGAGUUGGUUGGUUGAUUUGGCAAUAAAAUUUUUCUUUGCCUGCAAAUUCAUUGAUGGCAAAGAAGUGGACGUCAGCAAGAAAUACGAGCCAAUCAGAGGCGGCCAUUUACCCGUUGCUGCGCUCUGAUUGGUUGGGGAGAUUGUUCUUUAGAAGAUGACAUCUCUAAUCAGACAGACCCUAUUCGGCAUUUAGAGGCCACAAAAGCCCUCCAAACUGGCCAGUUUUGUAUGCUCAACAAGAUUAUCUAUCCGGUUUUCUUCGAUUAACCUUAGCCUAGAACCGAUCAUCAAAUUUGCCAAGCUGUCAGCCAAAGAAAUCGCCAAAUCGAAGGGGGUUUGGGUUUUUUUGCGAGAAUAACUGUGUUUAGUACGGAAAGAGAUCAAAGGAAAACGAGAAUAACUUCUUAAAUGCGUUUGUCUCAGGCCCUGAAGUUACGUUGUGCUGCUGGUUCGAUUAGACGAUCGAAUGAAAUUUACUACUACAGCUACUACGACAUCCGAAACUAAACCCACCAUGUCACGGUGCUCAGAAAGGGCAGUCGACAAGUUCGAGUGAAUGCCUCGCGCGUCAGUCACUCAUUAAAUUUAUAUUCUGUCAUUCAAUACAAAGAACUGUAGAUCGUGGCCUUCAUGUGGCGAAACCACGAUGGUGACUGUCAUAACAGACAAGCUGAAGAAUCAGUCGCUCGAGGACCUUCCCAGGGAUGAACCCGAGAUAAAUGCAAUACAGCUCCGAGUCCUAUCUUCACGGAAUAACCACGUUUCAGAAUGUCCUAUCGCUUACCGCCUGCAUGGAGAUGUACGACAGACAUUUGGUCAUUCAAGGACGCGAAGCUAUCCUUCUCAUCGACCCAGACGAACAUACUGCAAUAACUGCUCUGUGACCGAUUCAUCAGCUAUGCACAGUACCACUCUGCCACCCGCAAAUAAGAAAUUAUGUUCUUCUCUGUCCCUGCUGGGGAGUAAAAGUACAGAGGUACAACCGUUGUGGGCUCCGCGAGCUUCCGCGGUAUGGCAAGCGGUAGAAAACUGUGAGAAAAAACCACGAUCGGUAUCAUGCCCGGACGACAAAUUUAAAUUGGCCGAGCUACUGUGGAUAAACAGCGAAGUGGAAUCUAUAUCAACACCUCCUGCCUCGCCAACACCAAGACCUGCUUCAGCAGAUGCUGCCCUUGGGGAAAAACACCUAUUUACAAAAAAUGAAAGUCCAGAGUCUGAUCCUACUUGUAGUAAGAUUAACGAAAAUAGAGACUUGAACUUUAACUGGAAACCGAAUUUGCCUGGUUUGCAUAGAAGCCGUUCUCAACCUUGCUUCGAUCGUAAAAAAAGUGGUGUUAAAAGAAGAAUUGAAGACGAUUUCGACUCACACAGACCUGCCUUGGACUUGGCGAAAAUGGAAGAGACGUCUUAUUUCCGUUGUCAGAACAGAAAAAAGGGACUUCGGAUACCAAAAUACAUGAAUAAAAAGUGUUCAAGGGGAUUAACAAACUACUUUGCCGAGUCUGAGAACUUUACGCUGAAACCAAUUGCCUCCUCGCCUUUGUGCGCUCCGAACAGUAGUGUUAUGAUAACUCCUUCUUCAUCGCCAACGAAACAGCUGGAUUCCGAGAUUGAAAUCAUCGAAGAACUCAAAGGAAAAAACAAGACAUCAGACUUCCAGAAUGAAGGAUCACACAAUUUAAACCCCAAAGCUCAGGACGAAGGAGUCUUUCAUUUAGAUUACAAUUCCGACCUCGAUUUAAAUUCUAUCGAAGACGAUCUUUUUUAGAUGAGAAGUAACUUUGGGAUGUGAAGUCUUUUAACUUUUAAAGUUUGUAAAUGAAAUUUACGUGGACACUUACAAAACAAACAUUAAUUUAUUACCUUGUAUUUAGAUCCCGGAGUUUUAUAAUCUCCGUGAAUAUAUCCAUGUAGAAACAGUUCUUGUAUAUUUUUGCAUAUAUUAAGACUACAAAACGUUGAUAAUAAGUUUCUUCGAUAUUCUUGAUACAAUGUCGUUAGGAAAGAAAGAAAAAGUUUAAGGAAAGAUUGUUGAAAACAAUGGAUGAACAUUCAUGAAUGUUAAAAGAACGUCAAUUAGAUUGCUAAAAGAGC